GAGCAGACCCGGGAGGCGACCGCCGGGGGAGGCCGGGGACGAGACGGAGGAGGAGGAGAGGAGGAGGGAGAAGAGGAGGAAGAAGAGCCCCUCCUGAGGACAGAGCCCCUGCUGCCCCUGGGGAGCCAGCGGGUGUUCCUGGUGCACCCCGACAUCAAGCGGGGCCCCAAGAAACCCACGCUGACCCGAGUGGACCUGCAGGUCGCAGAGGCGACCGCGUUGGUGCGGACCCUGGCCGACUGGUCGGUGGAGGAGACCGCCGUCGUGUCUACCAAGACCCCCGGCGAGAAGCUGGUGUUCGGCAAAGGGAAUUUUGCGCUUCUGACAGAAAAGAUCAAGAGCUGUCCGCAGAUAACAUCCGUCUUUCUGAACGUAGAAAGGAUGACUCCGGUGACCAAGAGAGAACUGGAAGCCGCGUGGGGAGUGGAGGUUUUUGACCGCUUCACCGUCGUCCUUCACAUAUUCCGCUGCAACGCCAGGACGAGAGAGGCCAAGCUCCAGCUCGCGUUGGCCGAGAUUCCGCUCCUCCGGUCGAAUCUGAGAAAUGAGGUUGCUCAUUUAGACCAGCAAGGAGGAGGCUCGCGUUAUAUCCUGGGGUCAGGGGAAACCUUCGUGGAGGUUCGGCGGCGACUCCUGAAAGAAAAGGAAAUAAAAAUCAAGAAGGCCCUGGAGAAGCUGAGAGAGAAAAGGCACCUCCUCCGCAGUCAGCGCCGAAAGUGUGAAUUUCCGGUGAUCGCGGUGAUGGGCUACACCAACAGCGGAAAAACCAGCCUGAUCCGCGCCCUGACGGGGGACCCGGCGGCCGAGCCGAGGGAUCAGCCGUUCGCCACGCUGGACAUCACGGCCUACGCGGGCGCCCUGCCGUCGCGGCUGACCGUCAUCUACGUGGACACCAUCGGCUUUCUCUCCCAGCUGCCUCACGCCCUGAUCGGGUCCUUCUCGGCCACGCUGGAAGACGUGGCCCACGCGGAUUUGAUCAUCCACGUGCGGGACGUCAGCCACCCGGACACAGUCCUCCAGAAGGCCAGCGUCCUGGACGCCCUCCGGAACCUGCGGCUGCCGAGGGCGCUGCUCGACUCCAUCGUGGAGGUCCACAACAAGGUGGACCUGAUGGACCGGUACGCGCCCGCCGAGCCCAACGCGGUCGCCGUCUCCGCCCUCCUCGGCCACGGACUGGGAGAACUGAAGGCCGAAAUCGACAGGGUGGUUUUAAAAGCAACCGGCAGGAAGGUGCUCACGCUGAAAAUCGACUUGGCCGGAGCUCAGCUGAGCUGGCUGUAUAAAGAAGCCACCGUACAAGAGGUGGACGUGAUUCCCGAGGACGGAACGGCCAACGUGAGGGUCAUCAUGAGUCACUCCGCCUACGGAAAGUACCGAAGCCGCUUUCCAGCCUGACCCGGAAGAGCCCGACAGCGCCGAGACCAAGAGGCCCGGAGGGGCGACCGCGACUUCCACCCUCCAUCAGACCGGUGAGGCCUGAAGGACGCGGGAACCGACGGAACCGAAGCUAUUUAUCGAGCGCCGUGUGCAGAGCGCCCCCCGCCCGAGCUUCGAUUUUCAUCCGGGCGAGCCGACGGUAUUUUUGUGACCGCCGAGGCCGUCCGCUCGUUCCUACUGACUAGGAGACGCAGCACGAUGGCGGACGCGCCGUCGCGACCUCGGUAUCGCAAGGGCUGGAGGGCUGCCGCGGGAGACUGCCGGGUGUCUUGUCUACUUUGGAAAUGUCAUUCUUAAAUGUAGAUAUUUCCAGUCAGGAAUGUACAAUGCCUCCCCCGUCCCCGACAACCCCCUCAGCCGGCACCCGAUGGUCACCCCCGCCCCCCGAAUGGAAUGGGAGUGGACGGUUUAAUCUAUACCAAAUUGCCUUCGGUAGAGAAUAAAACUAUCUUCACGCUAC